AUGGCGGCGAAACCAAAGCACUUGAAACUUUUCAUUUUAUUUUUGCUACAUGUCACAAUAUCACCAAAAAGCAGAUUCACAGAUGCCACAAAGUUAACAUGGGAUGAAAAUGGAUACAUCAUCUAUUGUCCUUGCAUGGGUCGGUUUGGGAACCAGGCUGACCACUUUCUGGGGUCGUUGGCUUUUGCCAAAAUGCUGAAUCGAACGCUUGCUGUUCCUCCCUGGAUUGUUUACAGACAUCACGCGCCCCCAUACACAAACGUUCAUGUCCCUUACAGUGAGUUUUUCCAGCUGGAGCCUCUGCAGCAGUACCAUCGAGUGGUUAGCCUUGAAGACUUCAUGGAGCAGUUGGCCCCCACACACUGGACAAAGGGACAGAGGGCAGCCUACUGCUUUGAAUCUGCUGCCCAGAGGAGUCCUGACAAAAAAUCCUGUCCCAUGAAGGAUGGGAAUCCUUUUGGACCAUUUUGGGAUCACAUCGGAGUGGAUUUUGACCGUUCUUACCUGUUUGGUGGACUGUCAUUUAGCUCAUAUUACCAGUCUCACUGGAUGAAAAAGUUCCCCCCAGCAGAGCACCCUGUUCUAGCUCUGCCAGGAGCUCCUGCUCAGUUCCCUGUCAUGGAGGAGCAUGUUGGCCUGCAACAGUAUGUAGUGUGGUCUGAGAGCAUGGUGCAGAAGGGACAGGACCACAUCAAUACCUUACUCACCAGGCCCUAUGUGGGCAUCCACCUCAGGAUCGGCUCAGACUGGCAAAAUGCCUGUAAGAUGGUGGAGAGUGGCGAAGCAGGAACUCAUUUCAUGGCGUCUCCCCAGUGUGUGGGAUAUGACCGUCAGAAUGCGCUUCCCUUAACCAUGACCAUGUGCCUGCCUGAGCUGGCAGAGAUACGGCGUGCACUGAAAUUGUGGGUGAAGAAGACUGACGCUAAAUCCAUCUACAUCGCAACAGAUUCUGAAUCCCACAUCAGCGAGAUCCAGAAACUUUUCAAGGGCAAAGUCAAAGUGGUUAGUCUUCAACCAGACAUCGCACAAAUUGACCUGUACAUCCUAGGCCAAGCAGACCACUUCAUAGGGAACUGCGUGUCGUCCUUCUCCGCCUUUGUCAAGCGGGAACGCGAUGUUCAUGGUCGUCUGUCUUCCUUCUUCGGCAUGGAUUAUCCAGGGAAAAAGAGAAGGAAGGAGGAACUAUAAACUUGAAAUUGAUCAAAAGGGAGCUCCAUUACUGACUUUGGAGAUGAAUUUGCCGUGGUCCAGACUAUGGCCAAGUUUGGAUCACAGCAGCUGUAGGAUUAGGUUUUGACUGAUAGUAAAAAAGGAAUUUCUUUUCAGUACUUUUGUAUUUGAGGUUUGAAUGAAGAUUGUGAGUUCACUGCACUUGAAUGCUAUCACUUUAAAGAGUUACCCAUUCAUUACAAUGAUUCCUUUGAUAUGAUUCUGCAGGAGUCCUUCCAGACCUGUUGCUAGUUUCUUUCAUACAUGUCCCUCUUGACUGACCAUGUAAGUAAACCAUUAGGUUCCUCACAGAUUGAGGGUGUUCAGUUUCCACAAUACAGUGCAUGGCUUGAGCUAUAUUUUGCUGUCAGCAUGCCAGCCAAGUUAGCAGCAGCUCAGGUGACCUCCUUGAAACUUGGGUUUGGUACCAAAUGCAGAGUGCUGUCUCAAAGCGUGUGCUGAGGCUACUGCCUAACCAAAUUCUUUCCCUCAUGUGAUAAAAUUCACAGGGGGCAUUUUGACUGUUGAGCGAUAGACUGGAAAGAUUUUUGGGGGGGGGCUUUUUCUCAGAGCUGGAAACUGAUCCACUCAGGAGUGUGGUAACUGAUAUUCCAGAUGCUAAUUAUAAUGAGGAGUUGGAGGUGGUAUUUAGACAGAAUUACCUAUGGGCAUUCAGUCUACAGCAAACACUUUGAGACUGGGGACGAUAUUUACCUCAGGAGGACUAAAUCUGUUAUCUAUCCAUUCAGACAGAUCUCAUGUAUAAUAUGCACUGGUUACAUGUCCUUUUGAAAUAGUACAUUCCACUCAUCAGUCUUCAUGUUUGAUUUGGAAAAUAAUAGUAUUAAAAAAUCACAGUAACAUUCCCUCAUUGUUCUUAGGACUACUGUGUUGUUAAGCCACAAAAGAUCUAUGGUGUUUCAAAUGUCAGCAGUCUGACUAUGUUGACUGUAGUUUGGUUAAGCUUAAUCCAUUUUUCAUGAAAAUUUCAAGUAGAUCUCCAGGCAUGCAAUGUCAAGAUGUUCAUUUUUAUUUAGAAAUGUCAAUUUUCUAUCACAUACUGAUCACAUUUAAGUUUCUCCCAUGUUCUGAAAUGUGCCAUAAUGAUAACACCUUAGAUAUGCUUCUUCUACCUUUUACCAUGCAAAGAUUUGAGAAAAGCCAACUGUGAUUGUGCUUUUCAAGCAGGCAAACAAACUACAGCACAAAUUAUGGUCAGUAUUGAUAUCAGUUUCAGUGACAGCCCAAUAGUACUGUAACCAUU